AAAAUCCUGAAAUUAUCGGCGACCGAUAAAGCCUCAUCUACGAGAAGACAAAAUUAAAAAUCAUUUGCUUUGUUCUCCUGCCCUGGAAUUCCCCCAAAUUUCGUAAAUAACUCCUGAAGAGCGUUAAGAACGUGUGCAAAAAUCUUCACAACAUUUGGGAGUAUUUUUUCAAGAUCUGCUCUUCCUCGAUUGUCCUUAACAGGAACAGCUGUUCACCAUCGCGUUUAUGUCCCUAACAAUAAUCGCAGCUUCGUACGCAUGCGUCAGUGUCAUGCGGUCGUCAACGUUCAGUUGAAGGUACGUCAUGGCGGCAAACAAGAGUGUCACGGUUCUCGCACCCAAUGGUCGACGUCAAAAUGUCAAGAUCACACCGAACACGACGAUUUUACAGGUCCUCGAGGAAGUCUGCCAGAAGCAGGGCUUCAGCUCGAAGAAGUGGGAUCUCAAGCACUUCAAUCAGACUCUCGACUCCAGUUCGAUCUUUCGGUUCACUGGACUACCCAAUAAUGCGCAGUUGGAGAUGGUGCAGAGAUCCAAGGAGAGGGAAUUGUCGAGUGUUACCAUUGGGGUGCAGCUGGAGAAUGGGCAGAGGGUGAUGGGAGAGUUUUCAUCGGACACGACGUUGAUUGAGAUUGUUAGGAGCCUGUGCCCUGGUGAGGAGGCUGGUAAUAUGGUCAUCACUUACAUGCAUCAGGAGAUUCAUGGAGCCGAUAAUUUGAGUACAACUUCUCUCCAAUCCCUCGGGCUGAGUGAUGGACGUGCCAUGUUGAGGCUCCUCCACCGUGAUCUAGAUAAAUUAACAACCCAAGCCCAUGUCGCUGGUCAACUACCCUCGAAGUCCAACAAAGCAAAUGCUAAACCUCAGAGGCCUGGCAACAACAGUCAUUCAGCUCUGCAACAGGCGAGCAAUGCUGCUAGCAAUGUUGUCUCCAACGUUAAGAAUCAGGUCAAGAAGGCGUUCGAUCCUCUCAGCAUGUUGAAGAAUGAGAAAUCAACGCAGAAUAAACAUGCUCGAGGGUCUGGCAAGCGAUUCAUGGGCGGAGGGAACGUACUGGGGCAUGGGAACAGGGCACAAGUCAAGCCAGAGCCAGAGCCAGAGUCAGAGUCAGAGCCAAGGAAUAAAAAUCAGGGGAGCAGUCAGGAGACAUCACCAGACGCUGAUGGAGAGCUUGAAGUUGCUGAGGAAGUCAUGGAAACCAUCGAAUAUUUGGGCGAGAGAAAUGCAUUGAUUUUCAACCAGGCUCAGGCUCAGGCAAUUCCUCGUGAGAAUCUCCCGGACAACUUCUACGAUCUCACAGUGGACGAUGCAAAAGCUCUUCUGCGUGAUGCCAAACGUCAGAGGGAGGCUUUCGAGGAUAAUCCACUGCUCACGAAUGCCCAACGUGAACUCGAACGCACUCAGUCAACCCUUAACAAGCUCCACAAAUACAGGAAAACUAUAAUCAGAAUACAGUUUCCUGGACAAAUGGUUCUCCAGGGGAUCUUUGGGCCUGUGGAGACUGUCCAGCAUAUUAAGGAUUUCAUCAAGGAGUAUUUAGAGACCACGGAGAAUGACUUUGAUCUUUAUGUAACGCCUCCAAAGAAGAAUCUGUCUUCGUCGCAUCGUCUGAUCGACGAGGGUCUUGUGCCAUCAGCCAUAAUUUACUAUUCGGGAGUGUCUGGCCUCAAGCCAGAGCUGAGGAACAAGCUGGUGGAUCCAAAAAUUGCGAGUGUUCAGGCCAUAAAAUCCAGGAUAACGACGACUCGAAGCGAUAGUCAAACACUCCAGGAUUCAAACGUUAACAUUGGUCACAGCAGUUCACGCGAUAACCUGGGCGAUCCAAGCCCUGGAAGCAGUGGCAGUGGUGCUAAUGCAAGUGGUGCAUCGAGUUAUGCACCAAAGUGGUUCAAACGUGCAUUCAAAUAA